GUUGAUGCUGGGUAUAGUGGACAAUGUGAAAUGUGACUCAGAUUUUUUAAACAGUCAUAUCAAUGUUAGCCUAUGCCCAUCUGGAUCAUAAACGUACGUGUUAGUUUUCUAACAUCCUUUAUAAACUUGUCGCAUCCACUAACAGUCACCAUUCAAUGGUUAAACCUCUUUACUUUUACAGGUAAUUUUACCCCUGGAUGAAUCCCAUCAAAUAAUACCUACCGUAGUUUGAGGAGAAAACGUUGGUAUGAUGGAGAUCACCUAUUGUUUCCUCACCCUCUUCAUUCUCUUAAUCGAUGUCAUUUCUUUGGCCACUGGGGCCAAGAUCCUCAUAUCACUGUUUGUUCCAGGAGAGAGCAGUCAUUCGAAAGGGAUGUCAGCCAUAGGAGGAGCACUAACCAAAGGUAGCCACAAUGUGACAAUCCUCACAAGCUCCACAGUUGGGACCAAGGGUUUCCAUGAGGAUACAUACGACAAGGCCGUCCAGUACCAAUUCAAGUUACCACCCGAAUUGCCAGAUCUGGAGAACCUUGAACGAGAAUUAAUCGGUCUUGCUUUUGAGUCUGACCUGAAGAAGAAACUCAAUAUCAUGGGGAUGAUUUUCUCCGUCAUGCGGAUCGGGUGUCAGAGCCUAUUUGAUGACUCUGCGACGCUCUCCGUCCUUAAGGAAUCUUCAUUUGACAUCCUCAUAGGCGAUUCCUUCGACGGGUGUGAUGCAAUGCUCAGUAGUUACCUCGGUAUACCCUUCAUAGCUGUGACCACCGGGACAAGAUAUCCUCUGUUCAACGAACACACCUACGGUGUGCCAACGCCGUCGUCGUAUGUGCCAUUCGGUUUCUUCCCUUUCUCUGACAAGAUGUCCUUUCUGGAGCGGGUUGGCAGCUUCUUUGAGCAUCACGUGAUAGCAAGCUUACUGGGAUGGUCCCACUUUGGCGCUUUGAAUGAGGUGAAGGAGAAACAUGGUAUCGCACCCGGUCAAAGCAUCCAAGAUCUCCUAGGCGGAGCAGAGUUGUGGAUGUGCAUGACGAGCUUCGCAUUUGAUUUUCCUCGACCCACCACACCGAACUGGAUCGAAUUGAAAGGCCUUACAGAUUCCCCCUUGAAACCCUUGCCAAAGGAGUACGCCGAUUUCAUCGAUGGAUCUGGCGAUCACGGUUUCAUCAUAUUUUCACUGGGUACACAUUUUAGUGAACUUCCAAAGCCGGAGAUGACAGAGGCUUUUGCGAGAGUCUUCAGCGAGCUUCCACAGAGAGUCAUCUGGCGUUAUACCGGACCACGCCCUCGUAACCUUGGUAACAACACUAUGCUGGUCAAAUGGAUGCCACAAAAUGAUUUAUUGGGUCACCCCAAAGCUCGGCUUCUCAUCUACCACGGCGGGUUGGCAGGCAUCUAUGAAGCCAUCAGGCAUGGCGUCCCCAUGGUUAUCAUGCCGAUCUUUGCUGAUCAACCUUCUAAUGCUGUCAGGGUCGAGGCGAAAUCAAUGGGAAGAGUGAUUGAGAAAGACUCCAUCACUUACGAUGUCGUCAGGGAAGCUCUGACUGACGUACUCGAAGAUCCCAGCUACCUGGAGAAUGUCCAACGGUAUUCAGGAAUUUACAUGGACUCUCUUUCCAAACCGGAUGAUGUUGUCGUUUUUUGGGUUGAAAACAUCCUGAACUUUGGAGGAUCACAUCUGAGAUCGAGAGCUCUGGAGCUAAACUUCAUCCAGCUUCAUUCGAUCGACGUCCUCGCUUUCAUCGUUGGGAUGGUACUCGUUAUCGUCUUCCUUCUCGUUUCAUGUUGUAAACGAUGUAUCAAUUGUUGUUUCACACAUAGAAAAACAAAAAUAGAGUAAUAAUCAUGAUAAUUAUGAUGAUGCUUAUUUAUGAUAUUGAUUCCUCGGUGCUUUAUAGCAACGCCCCCUUCCUCCAAUGAAAACAUUUACAUACAUUAUAAUCCACUAACUUGACUAACCCAUUUCCUAACAAAAGACAUUGACCUGUUGUCACUUGUUAUAUUCUAUUUCUCUGUUGGCAGACUGAGAUUAUUAUUUUCACGAGAAUACACUUAUGGGCAAUAUGACAAAAAUGGUCAACUCAAUUCAUGUUCAUAAUUAUAGUAGAAAGCAGGAUGGUGGUAACAAAAAUGAAUUUAAAAAUUAUUUUCUUGAAAACCUUUUAUUUUAUGGUUUAAUGCUAUUUCAAACUAAUUCAAUUUUGUUUUUGUUUCUUUUUUAUUUAAUAAUUCAAUUAUACUUCGAGUUCGGUUACAGUAAACUGUAUUAUUUAGGCUUUGAUGCUUUGGAUUUUCAUUAAGAGGAGAUAAUAAACGAUGACUACAAAGUAUGAACUGAAUUUUAACUCUAAAAAGUCAUAACUCCAAACAAAAUCAAUUACUCAUCAUGGAUAUCGAAUUUUUUUAAAAAUUACAUCAACUUUUCAAAUUAAAAACUGAUGAGAAGGGAUCCAUUCUCGGCAAUUUCUAUAAUGCUUAAACACUCAACCACAAAUGGUAAGAAAAAGAGAAUAAAAGUUGAUUAUAUGAUGUUUGAAGGUUUGCAUGGUAGUAUGAACAAUCGCGGAAGUGAUUUACGGUACACCAUGUAUAAAGUCCGGGAGGGACUGAGAUAAGAAAAGUGGAUAGAAAUGGAGAUGAAAUGGAAAGGCGAGAAAUUAGAGAUUUGAAAGUAGAGUAUUCUUUUCGAAAUGAGUGUAGUCCUUAAAAAGACUGUUAACCAGAAGGAGUGGAAAGCUGAAAAGUAGACAGGCUUGAGUAGGUGAGAGAAGUCUGGCUUGAGUCGGCGAAUGGAGUAGUAGCAGGAGCAGGAGAGUAGACUCGACGUUUCGGAAAGUCAACCUGCCCGAAACGUCAAGUCUUUGCUUUCGCGAGUUGAUUAUGUUCCGGGGGGGGGGCACUCAGUAUAUAAUGCAUAGUGGGUAUGUGCCGCGGAGGGGACCCCCAUUUUUACACUCAAAUUUCCGUUCCAAGGCAUAGCAUUUUUGUCUUAUUGAGAAAAAGAACAAAGAAAGCCGCUCCAAACCAUAGCAUUUUCUUCUUAUCGAGAAAAAAGAAGAAAGAAAUCCGCUCCAAAGCUUCGCAUAUUUUUCGUUACGCCGUUCCGAUCGCAUUAAUCUGCUACAAUGAGCUGCAAUUUUGGUGAAAAGCGGCCGCAGAGCGCUGUCCGACCAUCGCCUCUGCGCGAGCGCACCCGGCGGAGGCCGCGCUAUAGCUGCAUCAUGCACGCAUGCCCGUUCCAUAGGGAUGCAUACGCACUCACACGCUGGCGAUCCGUUCCAAGGACCCCCGUUUUCACAAACAUUUGUAGUUCCGAAGGCCCGUUCCGAGGACUCUCCUUUUUACAAUAAGCCCGCUCCAAGGCCCCCGUUUUUUGUCUCGCCCGCGGCACACCCCUACCACUUUUUUGAUCGAGUGCCCCCCCCCCCCGGGAUUAUGUUCCGAGUUUGAGCCUAUCUGAAAGGUUUUUACACGGGUAAACAUUCAGUAAUGUGAAAAAGAGUAGCGUCAUCUAACAUUUAAAAGGGUUGUGAACCAUUUGUUUUUCAUCAGAUCUUUGGGAAAUUUGAAUAUCAAUUCCCUUUCCUUGUGAUUUUUUUUCUUCAUUUUUUUAAAUAGGCGAUAAUACUCAUCUUACAAAUUCAGUGAUUGCAUUUCAGAAAACUACAAUAAACAUGAUGAUGCAGAUGAUAUCCUGAACUUUCCGGCAAUAUGACGAACAUUUGUUUUAUACCAACAAAGACAGAUACACUGUUGGUUUUAUUUUGUUGAAGAUUCCCAUCAAAAUGAAUUUUCAGAAAAAAAUCUAUGAAGAAUGAACACAUGUUCAUCAUCCACGUCAUGAAAAUUUUAGGACCUAUAUACACAUUGUAAUGUAAAGCUGGACUGAAAUAGCUACCAACAUUAUGUCGGUGGGGUUUACAAAAAAUUAUGAGAGUUUUAAAUUUAAUUUGAUAGCGAUUUUCAUAUCCUUGUGUAAACUUUUGCUCACCUUUAGCAAGUUUAUGUCACAAUGGAAUCGUGAAUACUUUCAUUUCAUUAAAUGUAACAUUGCAUAUUUA